UUGAAGGGCCUAUAAAAGCAGUCAGGCUCGUUCUAAAAGUUACAGUUCGCAUUGACAGAGAGAAUCAGAAUGAAGCUUAUCCUGGUACUCAUCAUUUGCUGUUGCCUUUUUGGGUUUGCUUUGAGCAAUCCGAUUGUGGUGACCAAGCCACCAUUUAUUCGCAGUCGCUACAGUUUGCGCUGGCGGAAGACAACCACUGUGGUUCCGGAGGCAACCGCUGGACCGUUCGUUAAUGCAGUCACCACCACAGAACAUCCCAAAUUGGACACCUCAACCGCCAAUGGGGACUACGAUUACGGGGAGUCCGAAAAUGUUGUGCCCAAGUAACGAUAAACCUAUAACAAUACCAAUCUUAAGAAUGCAUAUUAAAACUUAUAAAUAACCAGUUCGUCAGAACGGUAUAAAUUUACCUAUAGUUUAAGAUUGCAGAUAUUAAUAAAAAUAUAACAUAUAAAAUCAUUUUGUGUAAA